CGGGCAGGCGGGGCAGGGAGCGGGCGGUGCGGGAUGGGGUGGGCGCUGCUGGGCGCGGGGCUGCUGCUCGCCCUCUACACCCUGCUCCGACACGGGCUGCGCCGGGCGCUGCCGCCCCCCGCCCGCCCCGCGCUGCGCGGCCGCACCGCCAUCGUCACCGGGGGAAGCGGCGGCAUCGGGGCGGCCACGGCGCUGGAGCUGGCCCGCGGCGGGGCACGAGUGGUGCUGGCGGCCCGCAGCGCCCCGCGGGGGGAGGCCACGGCCCGCCGCAUCCGCACGGAGACGGGGAACCCAGAGGUGCGGUUCAUGUACCUGGACCUGGCCAGCCUGCGGUCUGUGCGAGCCUUUGCCAGCACCUUCCUGCGCCAGGAGCCCCACCUGCACCUCCUCAUCAACAAUGCGGGGGUGAGCGCCGGGGGCACGACAGAAGAUGGCUUCAGCCUCUCCUUCCAGGUGAACCACCUGGGCCAUUUCCUGCUCACCCAGCUGCUGCUGGAGCGGCUGCAGAGCUCUGCGCCCAGCCGGGUGGUCAUCGUGGCCUCCAGCGCCCACUGCGCCGGCCGCCUGCGCCUUGAUGCCCUGGGACACCCACCCCCUGGCAUGUUCUCCACCUUCCAGGACUACUGCGACAGCAAGUUGGCCAAUGUGCUGCACGCCCGCGAGCUGGCCACGCGCCUGCAGGGCACCCAGGUGACCUGCUAUGCCGUGCACCCAGGGUUCGUGGACACGGAGCUGUUCCGCCACGCUCCGCUCUGGCUCAAGCCGCUGUUGCUGCCCCUGGUCCGGCUGUUGUUCCGCUCGGCGGCCGAGGGGGCCCGGACGCCCCUGCACUGCGCGGGGCAGGAGGGCAUCGAGCCCCUCAGCGGACGGUACUUCGCCGACUGCCGCCCACAGGAGCCGUGGCCACCGGCCCGCGACGACCGGCUGGCCCAGGCGCUCUGGGAGGCCAGCGAGAAGCUGGUGGGACUGGGGGGCACCGGGGGGGACCCCACGGCUGCUGCCACCGAGGCUGGACAAUAAAAGCGGCAGUGGCGGAAGGAGCCGCCCAAGA